UUAUUAAAAACGGUAAAUUGUUAAUUUUUUGACUGGCGAAAAAUGAGCAUUGAAAUAGAAAGCAAAUCAACACAACGUCGCACGCUUGUGCACUGGUUUCGUAAAGGACUGCGUGUACACGAUAAUCCAGCACUAUUGCAAGUUUUCGAUGUUGCUCGCACUGCGCCACAUAAAUACAGCGUGCGCCCAAUAUUCCUGUUGGAUCCCGGCAUACUCGACUGGCUGCAAGUAGGGGCAAAUCGCUGGCGAUUUCUUCAACAAUCACUCAGUGAUCUGGACAAUCAGCUGCGCGAACUAAAUUCUCGUCUAUAUGUAGUGCGUGGCAAACCUGUGGAGCUCUUUCCCAAACUCUUCGAGCGCUGGAAUGUGGAAUUGUUGACAUACGAAUCAGAUAUUGAACCUUACGCUGUGCAACGUGAUGCUGCUGUGCAGAAGCUGGCUGCAGUGCAUCAGGUGCACGUGGAUACACACUGCUCACAUACCAUUUACAAUCCUGAAGUGGUUAUGGCACGCAACCUAGGCAAGGCCCCUAUAACAUAUCAAAAGUUUUUAGGCAUCGUGGAUCAGUUGAAAUUGCCCAAAGUACGUGAAAAGCCAGAAAAGCUGCCUGAGGAAGUACAGCCAUCAGAGGAUGCACUUGAAUUGGCAGAUGCAAGUGUCUACGACUGUCCAACGUUGGAGCAAUUGGUGAAGCGACCCGAUGAACUGGGCGACAAUAAAUUUCCCGGUGGCGAAACGGAGGCACUGCGUCGAUUGGAAGCCUCGCUUAGAGAUGAACAAUGGGUGGCCAGCUUUGAGAAGCCCAAAACGUCGCCAAAUUCUCUUGAGCCCAGCACCACAGUGCUCAGUCCUUACUUGAAAUUCGGCUGUUUAAGCGCACGAUUGCUCUACGAGCGACUCAAAGGAAUUCUUGCCCGGCACCCCAAGCACUCGAAGCCACCAGUUUCCUUGGUGGGCCAAUUGCUGUGGCGAGAAUUCUAUUAUACGGCUGCAGCCGCUGAACCCAACUUCGAUCGCAUGCUGGGCAAUGCGUAUUGCAUUCAAAUAGCAUGGAACGAGCAGCCGGAUCAUUUGGCAGCAUGGACACAUGGACGAACUGGCUAUCCGUUCAUAGAUGCCAUAAUGCGACAACUACGUCAAGAGGGCUGGAUACAUCAUUUGGCACGCCACGCAGUUGCGUGUUUUCUGACACGCGGCGAUUUGUGGAUUAGCUGGGAGGAGGGACAACGUGUUUUUGAGCAGCUGCUGCUGGAUCAGGACUGGGCACUCAAUGCAGGCAAUUGGAUGUGGCUCUCGGCAUCGGCAUUCUUUUACCAAUACUUUCGUGUCUAUAGCCCGGUGGCGUUUGGCAAGAAAACCGAUCCAACGGGCGCGUACAUCAGAAAAUAUGUGCCGGAGUUGGCAAAAUAUCCGGCCAACUGCAUCUUUGAACCGUGGAAGGCAACACUGAGCGCACAGCGGGAUUAUGGCUGUGUGCUGGGCAAGGAUUAUCCGCACCGCAUUGUCAACCACGACAUUGUGCACAAGAAGAACAUAAAACGCAUGACUGCUGCCUAUAAAGUGAAUCGCGAAGUGCGAACUGGCAAACAGGAGCCGGAUGAGGAGCUUGAUGAACCAACUGGAAAACGUAAGGCUAGCAGCAUCAAAUCGGGCCGUGCGGCGAAACGAAGACGCUGACAAUUGUUGACUAAUGAUGAUCUAGUCUGGAGCUCAGGUAAAGAGAGUCCUAAGACUAGAUAAGCAUGUUGAAUCAUUAUGAGCUUACAUUGAAUGUAUGCUAUUCUUUAGUUUUAUUGUUAUAUACAUAUAAAAACUAAUUGUUACUGAAAUUGUAUGUAAAAUUAUUUGUAUAACUUUCAAAAUGUCAUUGAAAGCAAAAUAAUUACGAUAUUAUAAAUAAAAAUUCAAAAAUGAUUA